AUGUCACUUUCUUCUUCUUCAGCCACAUCUUCUUGCGCAAACAAACGGGAGGUACUCAACCGGGUGAAAGAGAUUCUUGAAAAGUAUGUGCAGUCGAGUGUGAUUGACCGUGAGGACAUUAAGGACCUUGCGAAGAAGUCUACAGAAGCGGUUACCCCACCAGCCGCCGUGGAAGAAGUUAACCGGGCAACUCUACAACAACUGAUCACAUUCCUGCAGGAAUGCAACACAGAUGAGGCGGUGAUCUCAUCUGUCCGUGCUGACUUGGAGGCACAGACCUCCGCUAUUGCUCUUGCAGCGAAAAAAGACGAAGAACGUGAGGGGCAGAAGGGCAACUCGGCACCUGCAGUCCCCGCCUUUUCACUCUCAUCCUUUCAAGAGCGAAUGGCAAGGAAGAAGGAAGAACUCCGCCGUCAGCGUGAGGAGGCGUUGUCGACUGUAGAAGAGACAUCGCGUGCCGAUGCCCCAGUCGUCACCGCAACAUCCACACCAGCAACAACAACAAUAGCGAGAGGCACUACAAGUAAUGCGCCGAGUGUGUCGGCGGACGAGGACGAGCCGAGAGUUCGUCGGCACAAAGUGGAGGUGGCGGCGCCGGUGCCUGUUCUCCUUCCACUGCUGCACGACGAGGCAGAUCUCUACGCCGGUCUGGUCGCAGACACCGACACUCGUGGACGAGGUGGGUGGCAACAGUGA